AUGUUGGUCAUCUCAUCUCUCCUCUUCAUCCUUGCCACGUCAGCUGGUGUCCGUGCCCAGUUGAAACUUAGCAGGACUUACGACAAGGACAACUUCUUCGAUCAGUUCAAUUUUCGGGAUAGAGCCUACUUCUUGAAGCUUAUCAAGGCAAACGAACCAACCAACGGCUUCGUCGACUACGUCAGUGAAGAAGAGGCGACAAAGUCAGGUUUGGCCGAGUACCGCGGUGACCAAAUCUACAUUGGUGUCGACAGCAAAGAGCGCGUGUCCACCAACGGCGGUAUCGGGAGGAAGGCCGUGCGGCUAGAGUCCAAGCAGACGUUUGACACCGGCCUACUAGUUGCUGACAUUCAGCACAUGCCCGGAAACGCAUGUGGUACCUGGCCAGCCUUCUGGACCUUCAAUUUCGAAGAAGACCCCUAUAGCGAGAUUGAUAUCCUUGAAGGCAACGGUUCGCCCAGCCAGGACGCAAACACCAUCUCCCUGCACACCUGCGGAGCCUGCAGCUUCCCCAGCCUCAAGGGUCCUGACCUCAGACAAGACUGCGACCUGCACGGUGGGGCAAACUGCGACGGCGGUAACAAUCCUGGCGGAUGCGGUGUGGAUGGCCCCAAGGGCUCCUACGGAACCAGCAUGAAUGACAACGAGGGCGGCGUCUACGCUACGCUGCUCAACGAAGAGGGUGUCAAGAUCUGGUUCUUCCCCCGCUCCAAGAUCCCAGAAGAUCUGGCCAACGGCAACCCGAACCCGAGUGUGUCGGAAUGGGGUGCGCCUCAGGCAAACAUGGAGAGUGGAAACUCGUGCAACGUGCAGAAGAAGUUCAGCAACCAGACUAUUAUUAUCAACACGACCUUUUGCGGCGACAUCAUCGACAACUGGGACCAGCAAACCCAGGGUUCGCCCGAGUGCCGAUCUGCACAGGGCGGGACUUGCGAGUCGUACGUUGGCUCGAACCCGGAUUCGUACAAGGAGGCUUACUGGCUUUUUAACUCCAUCAAGCUUUACCAAUGA